AUGUCUUUUUUUCUCCUUUUUGUGAUAUUUUCCUAUUUUCCUUUCUUUCUUUCAACAAUUCAUCGCUUCUACUUCUUUUUCUUCUUCAUUUCUUCCCAUUAUUAUCAUGUUUUUCCACAAAUUUCUUUUUUCUCUUUUCUUCUUCGUUUUUUUUUUCUUAAUAUUUCAUAUUCUUUUUCGUUUCUUCUUUAUUUAUUUCUCAAUUUACUCCUUUAUUUUGUUUGGUUUUCGAUUUUUUUUUCUUACUUCCUCUUUUUCCCGCAUAAUGCUGAUAACGAAUCUGUUCGGAAUAUACAGCUUCUGUGCGAAAAGAGAGCACUGGAAAGCUUUCGCCUCUCCCCAGACCAAUGGGGUGUAAAUGUGAAACCGUUGUCUGGUUCCCCAGCUAACCUUGCUGUCUACACAGCUGUCGUCGGGCCUCAUGGUCGCCUUAUGGGACUGGACUUUCUCGAUGGUGGUCACAUGACACACGGGUUCAUGAACUUAAAAAAGAAAAUGUCGUCGUCUUCGAUUUUUUUUGAAUCCUUGCCUUACAAGGUCGACCAGAAAACUGGAUAUAUUGACUACGAUAUUUUGGAACGUAAUGCCCGUCUAUUUAAGCCGGCGUUAAUCAUAGCAGGGGCAACCUGUUAUCCCCGCCAUUUAGAUUAUAUUCGUUUCCGUCAAAUAGCCAAUGAAGUAGAUUGUCUUUUAAUGGCAGACAUGGCACACAUCAGUGGUCUUGUUGCAGCAGGGGUUGUGCCAAGCCCCUUUGAUCAUUGUGAUAUUGUUACUACCACCAGUCACAAAUCCUUGAGAGGACCCAUGGCUGGAAUGAUCUUUUACAAAAAAGGUACGAAUGUCUCUCUCUCUCUCUCCCAAUCUCUCUCUCCUCUAUCUCUCCCCUCCCUCCCUCCUCUAUCUCUCAUAUGUUUUUUUUUUUUUGCUUUGGCUAUCAAGAAAAGUAUCCGUUUAACUCUAUGA